GACUUCCGGGUUUUUUUUGUUUUUAUGUUCGGUUGACAGAGGAGGGGAAUUAUUAGUUUUGUCUGCGAGUGUGGUUCUGUUUCCGCCUCCUGUAUCGCCGUAGAGUUUUAUCCGUGAAGGCGUAAAUUUUGUCUGUCCCCCCACAUUAAACAAGUCUGCUUUUCUGGCUUCUCCAAUCUCUCAAGAUUUGUGCAUGCAAACUCUCUCACAACUGAAAGAAGUUCAGUUAACUGGAGAAGAUGAGCACCCUGCCCCUGUCUCGCUCCGAAGUGUUCGGGCAGCUGAGGAAAGAGCUGUAUGAGGAUAAAGAAUUUCACCACACCGAUGUCCAUAUCUUCAUCAUUUUGGGCGCAUCUGGAGAUCUGGCCAAAAAGAAGAUUUAUCCAACUCUAUGGUGGUUAUUCAGGGAUGGUCUUCUUCCUGAACAGACCUUCUUUGUCGGCUUUGCCCGCUCUGACCUGACUAUGGAUGCCAUCCGGAAAGCCUGUCUGCCACACAUGAAGGUGGCAGACACUGAAGCAGACCGUCUCUCUACCUUCUUCAGCCGUAACUCCUAUAUAAGUGGGAAGUAUGAUGAUGAGGCUGCCUUCUCCAAGCUGCAUUCUCACCUGUUGUCUCUGCCUCGUGGUGCAGAGGCCAACCGCCUCUUCUACCUGGCCCUGCCACCCAGCAUUUACCAUGAUGUCACCAAGAACAUCCAACACCAGUGUCUUAGCACCAAGGGGUGGAACCGAGUGAUUGUUGAAAAGCCAUUUGGCCGUGACCUGCAGAGCUCAGAGGAGCUGUCCAAUCAUCUUUCCUCUCUCUUUACUGAGGACCAAAUCUACCGCAUAGACCAUUACCUUGGCAAGGAGAUGGUACAGAACCUCAUGGUCCUAAGGUUCGGAAAUAGAAUAUUUGGGCCCAUAUGGAACCGGGACAGUGUUGCCUGUGUGGUUCUGACCUUUAAAGAGCCCUUUGGGACCCAGGGCAGAGGUGGCUACUUUGAUGAUUUUGGCAUCAUCCGCGAUGUCAUGCAGAAUCACCUUCUGCAGAUGUUGUCUCUGAUUGCCAUGGAGAAACCUGCCUCCACCAGCUCAGAUGAUGUAAGAGAUGAGAAGGUAAAGGUGCUGAAGUGCAUCGCUCCCGUUUCUCUCUCGGACGUGGUUUUGGGCCAGUAUGUAGGAGAUCCAGAGGGAGAAGGAGAUGCUAAGCUGGGCUACUUAGAUGACCCUACUGUUCCUAAAGGAUCUACACAGGCUACGUUUGCUACAGCUGUACUCUAUGUAAGAAAUGAACGCUGGGAUGGUGUUCCAUUCAUACUGAGAUGUGGGAAGGCACUGAAUGAGCGGAAAGCAGAAGUGAGGUUGCAGUUUACAGACGUACCAGGUGACAUCUUCAAUUCACAGUGCCGUAGGAAUGAGCUGGUGGUGCGUGUCCAGCCCAACGAGGCGAUCUAUGCCAAGAUGAUGAGCAAGAAGCCUGGAGUCUAUUUCAGCCCUGAGGAAACAGAGCUGGACCUGACCUACCGUAGCAGAUACAAGGAUGUCAAGCUUCCAGAUGCAUAUGAGCGUCUGAUUCUGGAUGUCUUCUGUGGCAGUCAGAUGCACUUUGUGCGCAGUGAUGAAUUGAGGGAAGCAUGGAGGAUCUUCACCCCACUUCUUCAUCACAUAGAAAAAGAGAAGGUCGUUCCCCUUAAAUAUAAAUAUGGAAGCCGUGGACCUCGUGAGGCAGAUGAAUUGUCGCAGAAGGUGGGCUUUCGUUACGAGGGAACAUACAAAUGGAUCAAUCCUCACAGACUCUGAACAGAGUUGAGUGUUUACGUGUGGUCGGUUUGUAUGCAGACCCAAAGAAUUUAUAGAUACCAACCAUAUCAAUAAUUUACUUUUUCAUAUCAGGCUUAGAAACUGUAUGCAUAUAAUAGUCAUAUGUAGUCUAAUGUAACGAAUUACUCCUAUUCGAGUCCAUUGUCAUUCCCUUCUAUUUCAUUCCAGUACCCAUAAGGUCCUUAAAGGCACUUCUGUAGAUUCUGAAGGUGGUGAGCUUAUACAACUGUUUUUAACAUUUUGCUCUCCUUUCUCUUUUUCCUCUUUUAUAAUCUGUAAUUGAAUAAAGAAAUGUAUGUCACUGCAGGCAAAUAGGAGACCACGUAAUCACUGAUGCCGAUUUUGUUAGUGGUUUUUUAUUUUAUUUUAUUUUUUCAUUGUUUAAUGGCUUGAUUGUUCUGUGGGUAAAGGCUUUUUAAUGGUACACCAUGUCCUACGGUAUUUGCAUUUCUACAGAGAACAGUGUUUUUGUGUGUCAUGGAUGCAAUGUUCACAAACUUUUUCACACGUAUAAGUCAUGAGUCUGUUCCAUGUAGUACAUGAUGCAUGUGAAAGAUUUCAAUAAAUACUUAGAUAGAUGGUAUAUACGCUGUAAGGCUAAAAGUAUGUGGACACCUGACCAUGACAACACACACACACACACACACACAUACACACACAUAUUCCAAAAUCAUUAACAAGCAUUAACAUGUUGGCAUCUACGCCCCCCCCCCCCCCCCCCCCCCCACUUUUCUUUUUGCUUUUAUAAUAACCUUCACUCUCCUGAGAAGGCUUUUCAUUAGAUUUUGGAGCAUGUCUGUGGGGAUUUGUGCUCAUUCAUUAGUAAGGUCGGACACUCAUGUCAAGUGAGAAGGCGGCGUUCCAGUUCAUCCCAAAUGUGUUCAGUGGGGUUGAGGUCGGGGCUCGGGCAACUCGAGUUCUUCCACACCAUUCUAUGUCUUUAUGGAGCUCAGUUUGUGCACAGGCGCACUGUCCUGAUGAAACAGGUUUAGGCCCUUUAAUUCCACUGAAAGGAAACCUUAAAGCAUAUCUGGAACAUACAAAGACGUUCUAGACAACCACAUAUGGAUGUCGAGUGUCCACAUACAUUUUGCCAUAUAGUGUAUAUUGAACAGAUUUGCUAAAUUUAUUGCUUUGCAUUGCUCCCUGUGACAUUGCGUUCAUGAUGUCAUGUGAUUGUGAUUAAAUAAUGUCACUACUAAGGCUUAAGACUUAUUUUGAUUACAUUACCUUUUUCAGUUUACAGUGAAUAUGAUGAUAAAUGUUCUUAAAAACUUUCAACUUAAACAGAAAUUGACCUGUGAUAUUUUUUUAACAAAAAAAACAAAACAAUGUUAUUCAAAGUUUAGUAUUUUUAUGGAUAUCUGAAAAACUUGAUUGUCUUAACACCUAGAGUCAGUUGAGCUCUAUGUAGAUCAUUUCAUUAUAAUGAGCUGUGUAUCUCAGGAAUGUGUUACAUUUUGAUUAUUGGGGUGGGGGGAAAAAUUUAAACAUGGAAGUAAAUUUAAAAAAAACAACAACAGUUGGUACAUAUUUGCUCAAGAAGGUUUUAGAAAUGCUCUUCAUGAGAUUCCAUUCCUGCUUUCAUUAAAUAAAUACACUAUAACAAGUUUAUAACAAGACUCGAUAUGCUUAUAUAUCCAGUCUGAGUGAAAUUGAGUGACAUACUUGUUUUUUCAUGUAUAAUUAUUGUGUAAAACUGGUAUUCACUGUGUACAACUGUACUAUAUGACGAGAAUUUGCUGGUGAAAAGCAAGUUUAACAGUAAUAUGUAUGAUAAAAUCACAAGUGGACAAUAAAUAAAUGCAAUCUUAUUAAAAUGUUCUUUUAAAUACUGUAACAAAUUGAAUAAGCCAAGAAGGGAGAGGAUUUCAGCCAUUUCAAUGUAAGCAUUUCCAUUAGGAUAGAUAGAUAGAUACUUUAUAUAUGCUUCUAGAUAGAUAUAUACUUUUUGUUUUGUGAGAUAUUACAAAAAUUGUUGGAUUUCUGUUACAAAUUAAGCUUUUUUUAUUAUCUCCUUUUAUCUAUUUAUGUUCCUCUGUCUUUUAAACUCUUCUUUUUUUUCAAUUUCAAUUCCUAAAUAUUUAGCACUUUCUUGUUAAGGAUUAUUAAAGACUAAUCAAUGGA